AUGCCGCUGCCCGUGGACGCGCACCCGCUGAGCCCGGAGUCCGUGCGACCGGGCACGCUCACCGUCCCGGAAGACGCCGUGGGGGUACACGUAACCAAGUCGCCCACGCCCGUAACCAGCGACAGCAGCGACGGCGAGACCACCGCCGCGACUCCGACGCCGCCGCCUGCGCCGUCUGCCCCCGUGGGCGUCGCGAGCGCAGCCGCCUCAGCCUCCGGCAAGGCCGACGAGGUGCGCGAGCUGGAGAUGCAGGCGCCGCCGCGCUGCCAGCUCGAGGACUUCACGCCCUUCGCGCGCUGCCACCUCUGGAAGCUCAUGAUGUCCUUCUACGACCGCCAGGGCGUCGAGUCCUGGGCGCAGGGCAUCGUGCCGCACUUCAUCACGUCCAACACGUUCAUCGCCAAGCGCUACAGCAAUGUGCUGCGCGCGUACUUCCGAGACGCGAUGCGGCCGGGCUCGGCCUCGCCCGUGGACCCUUCGCAGCCCUUCUACAUCGUGGAGCUCGGCGCCGGAUCGGGCAAGUUCAGCUUCUACUUCCUGAAGGCGCUCGCGCAAGUGGAGAGCGUUCUGGACUUCCCGCUGAGCAACAUCCGCUACAUCAUGACGGACUUCACGGAGCAGAACUUCAACUUCUGGAAGACACACCCGGCGCUGGCCCCUUUCGUCAAGCGCGGGAUCGUGGACUUUGCGAUCUUUGAAGCCACCACCGACAAGGAGCUGCGUCUGUACUCGUCCGGUCAGGUCAUCCGCCCCGGCGAGCUGGCGAACCCGCUGUGUCUGAUUGCAAAUUACUUGUUUGACACGCUGUACCACGACCUGUUCCAGGUGGAUGGUGGUGUGUUGAAGGAAGGCCUCGUGAGUGUCGGGUCUAAACGUGCUGAAGAGCCCGACCCACUCGACCCCGAGAUCAUCAAGCGCCUGAACAACAUUUUCAAGUACGAACAGAUCGACGAGACGUACUAUGGAGAGACGCGACCUCACUGCAACAACAUCCUGAAGUGGUAUCACGAGUAUUUCGACCCAGCGUCCUCGGGUGCCACGAUUCUGGUGCCCAUCGGAGCGCUUUCGGCUAUCGAGCGCCUUGCUGCGCUUUCGAAAAACGGUCUCGUCGCGCUGUCAGGUGACAAAGGGAACAACAACCCCGACCACUUCCGAGGUGUCAGUGACCCGCACAUCGCCGUGCACGGAAGUUUCUCCGUUAUGGUGAACUACCAUGCAAUUGGCGUCUACUUCGCCAGUCGCGGUGGUUUUGCGUUGCACAGUCCGCAGGAAGAGGCAAGCCUGAAGGUGUCUGCGUUCGUGCUGCCAGCUAACGCUGUGGGUGAGCACGAGACUGUCAGCUCGGCAAUGACUGAACUUUACGGUGACGGACUCGAUAGAACGUGCGCGAAGCGCAGCCUCCAGUUCCCGCACCUCACGACAGCGUUUGAAGACGAUAUUGUAUGCUUUGGUCCCAACGACUUUUUCGUGAUGCAGAAGUCGACGAAGGAAGAUGCCAAAGCUCCGUCGCUGAAGGCUGUGCUUGCGCUGAUGAAGUUGAGUGGGUGGGAUCCGGAUGUAUUCUACAAAUUCCGCGACGUGCUGCUAGACCAGUCCCCGACUGCUGCCGCCAAGCUCAAGCAGGACGUGAUGUAUGGAAUCCCGCUGGUCUGGAAAAACUACUAUGCAUUAGACAAGGAGAAGGAUGUGGCCUUUGAGAUCGGCCGCCUCUAUUACGGUCUGCAUGAGUACGACAGCGCGCUUGCGUACUACACCUUGUCCGCUCAAGAAAUGGGCAAGCACCACAUCACAAGUCACAACAUGGGCCUUUGCCAUUACAGCAAGAAGCAGCUGGAGUUAGCUGCAACUUGCUUCGAGGAAGCUUACGCGCUAAACCGAUCAUAUCAAAAGGCAGCGACGUGGCUUCAACGCGUUCGGAAGGAGCUGGGUAUUGUCCAAGUAGAUGGGAUCACUGCGCCUGCCCAGACAACAAUUACUGGGUUCGACGGUAAUUACCAGUCUGGAAAUCUUGGGCCGCAACAAAUUUCUUUGAGCGUGCCAGGUCAAGACAACGACAAGACAUCAGCACACAGUUCUGCUGUCGAUCUUCAUUGA